AUGUACAACGCCAACCCCUCGCGGGAGUCCUCUAUCACAGUGGCGGUGCGAGUACGGCCGUUCACGCCCGGCGAAACGUCCCACUUGGUGAAACCCACAACCGACGCGCCUUUUCUCGGCGACGGCUCGCUCUCGGCGCCUGCGCGAGCCCGCUCUACACUUGAACGCCGUGCGGCGCCGCGUGGGCUCCGCAAAAUCGUGAACGUAGUGGAUGAUCGAAUGCUCAUUUUUGAUCCGCCGGAAAGCAACCCACUCCAGCGGAUGCAACGCAACGCCUUCCCUGAUAACAAGAGCGCGCGGAUCCGCGAGUACCGUUUCGUGUUUGAUCGGCUCUUUGACGAAGACGCGGCGCAGAGUGAUGUUUACGAAACCACCACCAAGCCGUUGCUCGACAGCGUGCUCGACGGCUUCAACGCGACCGUAUUCGCGUACGGCGCGACCGGGUGCGGAAAAACACACACAAUCUCCGGAACGCCAGACGCGCCCGGGAUCAUUUUCCUCACCAUGCGCGAGCUCUUCGCGCGCAUCGACGCGCGCCGCGACACGCAGCUCGUGGAGGUCUCGCUUAGCUACCUCGAAAUAUACAACGAAACCAUCCGCGAUCUCCUCAACCCGGAUGAGAAGAAGCUCCUCAGUCUACGGGAAGACGUAAACAAGCGUAUUUCUGUGACAAACUUGUCUGUACACGCGCCGCAGACCGUGGAUGAGGUGAUGCACAUGAUCAUGGUGGGAAAUGAGAACAGAACUUCCAGCCCGACAGAGGCCAACGCAACAUCAUCGCGGUCGCAUGCCGUGCUCCAAAUCAACGUCGCGCAACGCGCGCGCACGGCGGAUCUCAACGAGGAGCACGUAUUCGCGACGCUCUCCAUCAUCGAUCUCGCAGGCAGUGAGCGCGCGCUGGCCACACAAAACCGCGGGCAGCGGCUCCACGAAGGUGCAAACAUUAACAAGUCAUUGCUAGCGCUUGGCAACUGUAUCAACGCAUUAUGCGAUCCCAGGCGACGCAACCACAUCCCGUACCGUGACUCGAAGCUUACGCGGUUGCUCAAGUUCUCGUUAGGUGGAAACUGCAAAACCGUAAUGAUCGUGUGUGUGUCGCCACUGUCACACCACUACGAUGAGACGCUCAACACGUUGAAAUAUGCGGACCGCGCAAAGGAGAUCAAGACCAAGGUGCAAAGGAAUACCCACAACUUAGACCGCCACGUGGGCUCGUACCUCAAGAUGAUCACCGAACAAAAGCAGGAGAUUGCAGAGCUCCGCGCUCGCGAAGCAGCUGUUACGGCCCAGGCAUGUGUGCAAGCCCAGACGCGUACACAGAAGAUCCUCGCGGCCUUGAACGACGGCUUGGAGACGCUUCGCGCGUCACUUGGGAAGCAGAAGCCCAGACGUGCACAGAUUUUGGUCAAGCGCAAGCUCCUCAUCUUGCAGAAGAUUGAGACUGAAGAAUUCCUAAAUGAGUUUGACAAGGUAUUCGACAGCGUGGACUUGAUCUCGUGCGAGGGCCUUAUCGAGGGCAUCACCAACGUAAAACACUUCUCCGAGACGUUGUACUCCAAGUUGAUGAUGCAGAUCGCCGAGUUGGAGGAGUUGUAUGCGGCGGAGCUGGACUCGGACUUGAUCUUGCGCAAUUCGUCGCAGCAGAUGCUCAGCAAGCUUGUGGAGAUGGAUGGCUGGACUGAAGACCACACAACUUUGUUCCAGGCGCACGUGCAAUUGUUGGGGACGUCCGUGGAGCGCGAUGUGUUGUUCAAGUCAUCGGUGAUGUUCGACCAGCUCGUGGUGCAACUCAAGCCCUUCCGUUUUGUCUCGUCGCUUCUAAUCAACUUACUUGCGAGUAAUAUGGAUAUAGUGAUGCAGCAGGCGAAUGGAACGAACGACGAUGGAAUGCUCCGCCAGCAAGAUGUGGUGGAACGGUUGGAAACUGCCGUCCAUGAAUACAACAAUCGUUGGCCCGUUCCGAGUAUUUCAACCCGUCCCUGGCGAGUACAAUCAACCCAUCCGGCCCCGUCAUCCAGGCGUCGCCCCCUGCCGGCGAAGAAGGUGCGUUGGGAAGUACCGUCAGCGAACGACAGCGAUGUCAGUAUGGAUGAAGACCGCGCGAAAGAUGAGUCGUUUGACACCUCGGGCCAUAUGGAUAUUAGCCCCGCAGUGAAGCUGUCGGACGAGCUCCCCCUGGAGAUCCGCAAGCGCCGAUCGCUCACAUCACGGCCCUUGAAGUCGGCCGGCAAGAAGGGUGUGCGGGUGGAGAAAAGUGCGGGGUCACGCUCUCCGAGUCCCUCGCGCACGAACCGCAAACUUGAUUUGGGCGAGUUUCCAGACGGCCCGUUGCCGGUAAGCGUCGCCAACACUAGUUAG